CGGCUUACGAGAUGCCACGGUUUCAUCAUCCGCCAGCCACUGGCAGACGCCAGUGCCUGAAGUCGGCCACACAGAUCCCCUUUCUCCUCCUCCUCCUCCUCCUCCAUGUCUGCCUUCCUCGCCGCUACGUUACCUGCCUCUUCCGUCGGGGAUUUCUCCAAGUUUAGUGCCUUCGACAGGAGCAUUCGUCCGAACGGAAACAAAUGCGGACUGUCUAGAAGAGCUUUCGUUUCUGGAGGAAUCGCCUUCUCAGUUUGCUGUUCCUUUCUGACUGCGGAUACUGUUCAAGGAAUAGAGAGAUUACCAUUUAGGGCAGAGGGCUAUAACUUUUGGACAUGGAAGGGACGCAAGAUCCAUUAUGUAGAACAAGGAACAGGACAACCUGUCAUCCUCAUUCAUGGAUUUGGUGCUUCAGCCUUUCAUUGGAGAUAUAAUAUACCAGCGUUAGCAAAAAGAUACAAGGUUUAUGCCCUGGAUUUGCUAGGCUUUGGAUGGAGUGAGAAGGCUAUUAUUGACUACGAUGCAACAAUUUGGAGGGACCAAGUGUCUGAUUUUUUAAAAGAAAUUGUGAAAGAACCUGCAAUCUUAGUUGGAAAUAGUCUGGGAGGGUUUGCCGCUUUAUUAACAGCUGCUGAAUCAGCUCAGCUUGUUCGUGGAAUUGUCUUGCUCAAUUCUGCUGGUCAGUUUUCAAAUGCAAAUACUAAACAGUCCAAGGAAAAUGGAAGUGAAACAGCCUUGCAGAAGUUGCUGGUCAACCCGGUGAAGGAAGCUCUGCAAAGAAUAUUCCUCGGUUUUUUGUUUUGGCAAGCAAAGCAACCUUCUCGCAUUGAAAAAGUCCUGAAAAGUGUUUACAUAAACACUUCCAAUGUGGACAAUUAUCUGGUGGAAUCAAUCACCAGGCCGGCUGGGGACCCAAAUGCAGGAGAAGUUUAUUAUAGGUUGAUGACAAGAUUUAUGUCGAACCAAAGCAAGUACACACUGGACAGCGUUCUUAGCGAACUGUCUUGCCCGCUGCUGUUGAUUUGGGGGGACUUAGAUCCUUGGGUAGGACCUGCAAAAGCUGUGCGAAUCAAGGAUUUCUACCCAAACACGACCAUUGUGAAUUUGAAGGCGGGGCAUUGCCCGCACGAUGAGGUGCCUGAACUCGUGAACAUUGCUCUUCUCGAUUGGUUAUCUUCGUUAGAGCCAGUAGCCGGCCCCCAAGCUUCGGCGUGAAGUUUAGUUUACUUUUGUUGGUCGCUGAUAUUCUUUGCCAUGUUAUGCAUGUUUAUAUAUAAUGCCUCAGUUCUUGGGUGUUGAUUCAUGAACCCAAGCAUAAGAGUAAUUUACAAAUACCCCCGAAGAUUUACGAGCUUUUUCAAAUGCCACCUGAAUUGUUAUGAAUGUUUCAGUUACUAUCAAAAUAUUCCAUUAAUAGAUGAGCAAUUAAUUGUUAA